UGCGCAAACUGGCGCCCAACGAAUUCCCCCACAAACUCUACGUGCAGAACUACACCUCGGCGGUGCCGGGGACAUGCCUGACCAUCCGGAAGUGGCUCUUCACCACAGAGGAGGAGGUUCUUCUCAACGACAACGACCUGGCCGUCACCUACUUCUUCCAUCAGGCUGUUGAUGAUGUCAAGAAAGGCUACAUCAAAGCAGAGGAGAAGUCCUACCAGUUACAGAAGCUGUGUGAGCAGAGAAAGAUGGUCAUGUAUUUGAACAUGUUACGGACGUGCGAGGGUUACAACGAGAUCAUCUUCCCCCACUGCUCCUGCGACUCUCGGCGGAAGGGACAUGUCAUCACGGCCAUCAGCAUCAAGCACUUUAAACUCCACGCCUGCACAGAGGAGGGGCAGCUGGAGAACCAGGUAAUAGCGUUCGAAUGGGACGAGAUGCAGCGGUGGGACACGGACGAAGAGGGAAUGGCGUUUUGUUUCGAAUACGCGCGAGGAGAGAAGAAACCUCGAUGGGUUAAAAUCUUCACCCCCUAUUUCAACUACAUGCACGAGUGCUUCGAGCGGGUUUUCUGCGAGCUCAAGUGGAGGAAGGAGGUAAGAACCGAGGCAGCAGACGAGGAUAACGAGAGCUGCGGUAGAGGCAGAGCGUGCGGCAAGG